AUGCUUGACGAAGAAAACGUUUCAGAUUUGCAAGUGGCUAACCUCCGAUCUCACAUCGGUCUUGUAUCACAAGAACCUGUCUUAUUCAGUUACAGUCUAGCUGAAAACAUUGCAUACGGAGACAAUUCUAGAACAGUUAAAAUGCAAGAAAUUAUCGAAGCAGCACGUCAAGCCAAUAUACAUACCUUCAUUUCUUCAUUACCUCAGGGGUACGACACACCAGUUGGUGACAAAGGCACUCAAUUAAGUGGCGGCCAGAAGCAGAGAGUGGCUAUUGCUCGAGCUCUCUUAAGAAAUCCCAAAAUAUUACUUCUUGAUGAAGCAACCUCUGCUCUCGAUGCAGAAAGUGAAAAGGUUGUCCAAGAAGCGUUAGAUAAAGCAAGUGAUGGAUGAACGUGCCUCAUCAUAGCUCAUAGGCUUUCUACAAUUCAAAAUGCUGACACCAUAGUCGUCAUUCAUAAAGGUAACAUUGUUGAUAAAGGCACCCACCAAGAACUUUUGAAUUUAAAAGGACAUUAUUACAAUCUUCACAAUUCACAGAGCGGUGCCCAGUAACCGAAUGUUAGUCAUACACUGAUUUUUAACAUCCUACAUCUUACAUUGUUGAUUAAGUAUUGUUAAUAGAUCCAUUUGUCUUAAAACUACUUAUGAAAUAUUUAAAUAAUAAUUUUAUGUUAGUAUUGUAUUGAAAAUCAACCUGUUAUUUGCAAUUCCUGUUUUCAUAGAAAAUAAUUGCAUGAAAUUUCCACAAAGUAAAUUGAAUUGAUGCUUUUUGGCAGGAUGAAGAUGAUUAGUAAGACAAAAAGGUAUCAGAUGAUACAUGUUUUACAAUUAAUAUCCAUGAGCAAAAUUUGUUGCUUAUAUUUCACAGAUAUCCAUUCUACACUGUGAAAAAUUCUGGAACAAAUGACGCGGUAAAGUACCUGAACUAUGGAUGCAUCAUCCGUAAAAUAAAUUUUUACGGUAUUCUUUAGAGUAAUAUUAACUUAACUAGAGUGUUUCAGUGAUUUUACGGUAAUUAUUACUAUAAAAAUUAUGGUGUAUAAGAUUUUUUUUUCAGUAACAUGUUCCGAUAAAAACAGAUGAGUGCUGGUUUUACCUCGCGUAAUUUGAUCAAGAAUUUUUACAGUGUAUAAUGAUUUUUUUUCUACAUAAUUACAGUAUUUAAAUAGUGUGCAAACAUGUAGUUUUGAUGUAAAUAAUAUAUAUUUAUGUUUUUUAAUUAAUUUGAAGAUAUUCCUUGUUCUGAAGUAUAAAGUGCUUUAAAGAGAAAAAAAAUCACGUUACAAAUAUUUGUAAUUCAUACCCAAUAGGUUGAAAAACAUGGAAUUUGCCAAAAUUUCAAUAUCCUUUCAUGAUUUUUUUCUCUGGGAAAUGCAUUUAUAUAGUUGGGGAAGCAGCUAUGCACAUUAUUAAAGUAAAUAAAAUAGGUGAUAUAUUUAAUUUCUUUUAAAAUAAAAAGCCUUCUUCAAUCUCAGGUAGAAAUUACGAAGUGCUUUUGAGUUGAAAAGAGGAGUCGAGGAAAAAAAAUUCAUAGAAAUAUUACAAUGUUACACGCAUCUCAUAACAUAACUCAUUCAUUAUUUAA